UCCGGCCAGCUGUCCCGUUGCCAGCAGCGGCUCUCGCAGCUGGAGACGGCCUGGCGCAACCACUCGCUGGUCAGCGCGUGCCAGGAGGAGUUGAGCCAGUGUCACCGGUCGGCGGAGCGGUACCAGCUGUCGGAGGCGGCGCAUCUCUGGCUGUACAGCGACCUGCCGGGCACGGCCUGCGCCGGCCGCGACCUGGUGCUGGAUCAGCUGAGCCGCGCCAUCAGCGCCGCCAACCGGUGUCCGCCGCUGUGGGACCUAUCGGAGGAGUUCUCCCAGCUGUCGCAGAGCGUCGAGCAGCGACUGCGCUGGGCUGCCGGCGCCAACGCUGAAGUGACCCAGCUGCUGGAGGAGUACACAGACUGUGUGCAGCGGUGUCAGGGCCGCGUCUCCGACCUGCGCCGCCUGCUGGCCGCCGUGGCCGAGCUGGGCCGGGGCGUGCUGCACGCCGAGAGGCUGAGGGGCCGCGGCGCCGAGCCGGCCGCCGAGGACUCCCGCUUCAUCCAGCUGCUGGGGGAGGUGCAAGAGGCGGCCCGGCUUUCCGCCGAGCUCGGCCAGACGGUGACGCCAGUGGAGCAGGCGCUGGCUCUGGCCGUGGCGCCGACCGACCGUAUGUCGCCCGCCUGGAUCACCAAGGCCGCCGCCACACUCCAGGAGCUGCAGCAGACCACCCAAGAGGAGAUUUCAGAGCGCCAGUCUGAGCUGUUCGUCUGCUGGGACGACAUCCGGUCGCACGGCAUCAGAGUGCGUGACCUGCUGACCUCGCACCACAAGCUCAUCUCCGACGUCCGCCUCCUUCUCAAGGCCAUCGCCAAGGCUUCGGGCGACGAGCUGCCGGCAGUGGAAGUGUACAUGACGCAGUACCGCGCCUUCUCCGAGGAGCUGAGCCGCCUGAUCCGCAGCCUGCUCAACGAGACCGUCAGCCGGGAGCACGUGCUCGAGUACCGCGCUCAGCUGGCCGGCAUACAGCAGGGCACAGCGGCCAUCUACGACACUCUGGUGUCGCUGGCCGGCCAGUUGUCGACGCUGACGUCCGAGGAGAGCCGCCUGACGCCACGCGAGAAGCCCGUCCAGAAGGACCCCCAUACUGGACGCGGCGUGCAGGGCUGCAACCAGUACGCGCUGGCCGUGUGGCGUCGCGUCCGUCAGAAGCUGGAAGGUCGCGACCCUGACCCCACCCGGCCGGCCAGCGUGGCCGAGCAGGUGGACUUCACCAUCCAGGAGGCGACUAAUGUCACCAACCUGGCGCUCCUCUAUGAGGGCUGGACGCCAUGGGUCUGAGCGCCGCCGCGCGGCCUCCCGAGGAAUCGGUGUCUCCACUGGCGCUCGCUAGACGUCGCUAGCAGCGCAGAGCGACCGGCGCCCACCGUCGUCGCCGCUGUC